GUGGCGGCGCCGCUGUCCCCGCGCUGCACGUCGUGUUGCCUUUGUUGCCGCCGCGGAGGCGUGCCCGCUUCCAAGAUGGCGGCGGCGGUGUCCGGGGCUUUCAGCCGGGUGGGCUGGAGGCUUUUGCAACUGCGGUGCUGGCCCGGGACCCGCUACCGACCAGCUCUGGCGCCACGUGACUUCCAUGCCUCAGCUGUGCAGCUCACAUCUUCAGGCAGGCAGGAGCAUCAACCUCCCCCCUCUUUUUCUCAGCAACACUCUGAGACACAGGGGGCAGGAGAGCCCCAUCCAGAAUCUUCUCGUUCACCUCCCAGGUACACAGACCAGGGCGGUGAGGAGGAGGAGGACCAUGAGAGCGAGGAGCAGCUGCAGCACCGCAUCCUGACCGCAGCCCUGGAGUUCGUGCCCACGCAAGGGUGGACGGCCGAGGCCAUCGCAGAGGGCGCCCAGUCUCUGGGUCUCUCCAGUGCAGCAGCCAGCAUGUUUGGGACUGAUGGCAGUGAGCUGAUACUGCAUUUUGUGACCCAGUGCAAUGCUCGGCUCAACCAUGUGCUGGAAGAGAAGCAGAAGCUGGUACAGCUGGGCCAGGCAGAGAAGAAGAAGACAGACCAGUUCCUGAGGGAUGUGGUGGAAACCAGACUGAGAAUGCUGAUCCCAUACAUUGAGCACUGGCCCCGGCUGUCUUCAUUACCAAUUCCAAAUGCCAUGGAUGGAGAAUCUGAUUGGGCCAGCUUACGACGGGAAUCUGCCCCUGGCUCUAAUCAGCUACAGCCAGGGUUGUUAGCUGCUCGGCGCUUACUCCAGUGGGAGCAGAUGGCCCUCAGCAUCCUCAUGCUCCCUCACAACAUCCCGCCCAGCCUGAACCUGCUCACCAGUAUGGUGGACGACAUGUGGCAUUACGCUGGGGACCAGUCCACUGACUUUAACUGGUACACUCGCCGAGCCGUGCUUGCUGGCAUCUACAACACGACAGAGCUGGUGAUGAUGCAGGACUCCUCCCCAGACUUCGAGGACACUUGGCGCUUCCUGGAAAACCGGGUUAACGAUGCAAUGAACAUGGGCCACACUGCCAAGCAGGUCAAGUCCACUGGAGAGGCACUGGUGCAGGGACUCAUGGGUGCAGCAGUGACACUUAAGAACUUGACAGGUCUAAACCAACGCCGGUGAGAAGGAAGCUGGAGUGCCCAGAAAAAAAAAAAAAGUGGAUAUAUUUAAAGGGCUUUGAGAAGUAUGACGUGCCAUCCAUGAACAGGAUAUUGAUGAGAAAUCACUGAAGGACUCCUGGUCGCUACCACAGCCACCUGGAAACCACAGGGCAUUUGAUGAUGCAUUUCAAGCCCGGAAUUGAGCCACUUCUUCAGUUCCUAAUACCAGGCCAAGCUUCCCGAUGCCUUCUGUAUUGCAGCUGUAUGAUUGAAAAAUUAGGAUCUCAUCUAAGCAUCCACAGUGGAAACCUGGGCCAUUCCCAUCAUGAUCCCAUGGGCAACUUGAUCGUGUCUACCUUCCUAGAAAUGUUUUCUGGGGCUCCCAAGCCAGGGUCAGGGUCUGAAGCCACCACAAGGUGGCAGCUGAUCCCCAGCACAGCACAACAUGUGCACCCAGAAGUGUUCCAUUGGCCCCCUUCCCUCUCGGAUGUCCUUCUGAGAGGCUGCACCUGGCAACCCCCUCAGAGACGUGCCUCACCUGACACGGGUGCCUGCUGGCAGUGGUACUCAGCCUGGCCUGAGGUGUGAUCCCAGGCUUGGUGUUGCGGUACACCAGCAUUCAUUACAGGAUUAUUCAUGAACGUUGAGUCUGUAAAAAUGAUAAUAAAUGUGUUUGAAGUA